GGAGAGAGAGGAUCGAGCUAGAGAGAAUGGGAGCAAGAUUAUGGUGCAGGAAAGUAUCGAAAUGCAGAGGGAUCACAAUUUAUGUUACCCAUCAUAUGACACCACCAACUGGUCCCUGUAACAGAAAGGUUUGCUAUCAAUUACAAAAAGACCAUGGCCAAUCAAGACGAAUUUAGCAUGCGUUCAAAAGACUGAUCAGGCUACAGCUAUAUAAUGGGGGACGUGGCCCGUGGCACAUUACACAACAAUCAACGCAGUUAUCCUUGAUUUAACAAGAGGCACAUGUGAGAAUAAAUCAACAGAAACAGAUACGAGCCAAAUCUAUUGACAAUGGAGUGCCCUUCAAUGACAACCGUAGCCUUGACAACUGUUUAUGUUGUGCUUGGAGCUGGCAGAGUAAUGCUCAUGAGAUUAUCAGCUAAUGAAGAUCACAAAUAUGACUACUUGCCUGUGACAGUGAACGUGUGUGCCGAGGCGGUGAAACUGGUCGUAUGUUUGUCUAUCAUGCUCAAAUUGGAGAUGAGCGGUAAACCUAUGUUCAAGGAAUUCAUUCAGUUCAGCUGGCCAGAAUGUCUCAAGUUCUUUAAAUGGAGCAUCCCAGGCCUGCUGUAUUUCUUUGAUAAUCUGAUUGGAUUUUCAGUUAUGACUUUCUUUGAACCGGCUGUAGCUGUCUUGCUGGGAAACUUCACAAUUAUCUCAACAUCAAUACUUUUCAGACUCAUUUUAAAACGAAAAUUAAGCAGGGUGCAGUGGGCUUCUCUCCUGAUUCUCUUUCUAGCGAUUGUGUCGUUAUCAAACCAAGAUCACCGGAGCACGCUCAAAGGUCACCACCACACAUCCGACUCGCUAGAUUCCAUAGACAAUGCCACUCUCUAUGAGGUGGAAAUCCUCCAGAAGCGACAUGCCAUUCCAGCCGUUCCUUCGGACCUCUGCCAUCGGAAACUCCGCCACACGCCCGAACCUUCCAUCUCAGAGGCCAGCAAGUACAGCUUCACGGUCAGCUUUGGGCAUGUCUUGAUCGUGGUUCAGUGCUUCUUGUCGUCUUUUGCGAACAUCUACAAUGAGAAGAUCUUCAAGGAAGGCCACAACGAGGAUGGUAUCUACAUGUACAUCGUUCAGAACACCCGGCUGUAUACCUUUGGGGUGAUAUUUAACACGCUUACGCUCUUUGUCAUUCCGAACUUCCGUAACCGCGUCUUCUAUUGCGGGAUGUUCAGCGGAUACUCCUGGUACUCCACGCUGCUCAUCUUUGCCACAGCCGCGCUUGGACUCACAACGUCCUUGAUCCUGAAGUUCAGAGACAACAUGUUCCAUGUCCACAGUGCGCAGGUCACGACUGUCGUCAUCAUCAGCCUGUCGAUAUGGCUGACGGGGUUCCAACCGACCCUGGACUUCUUCUUGCAGAUGCCUACAGUGUUCCUGGUCAUCAUUAUCUACAACAACAGUCACCUGCCUGCAGAACCCCUAUUGACCCCUAGGAUGAGAUACCCAUCAGAGAGUACUAGCAGAGGGCAAGAGAACUCUGUUAGGAAGAGGGGUACGUCGGUGAGUGAGGAAUUGAUAGAACUGACACGAAUGGAUGAAGAAGAUGAAACCACCUCUGUAGAAUUAUAGGGGUGGAUGACAUACUUGACCACUCCUAUAUCCUGAUGGUCAAUCCCUUAGGUUAGACCAUGCUGACCAAGCAUAGCAGUUAAAAGUGAAUGCUGAAGUGAGUGAUCAUGUGGAGAAAUUGCAACCAAACGUUUGUUAAUCAGUUAGCAAACAGGGUUACUUGUUUCAAGGCGACAGAAACAUUAGUUAUUGUCCUGGUUCAGGACACACUUGCUAAGGAAGCUGUGCAAUAGAAUGCCUCAUAUAUUUUAUGCAUUUUCAUACAUAUCAUGUGUGCAAAUAUCAUGCAACCACACUGAGUAUCCACACUAGACAAAUGUCUAGACAAAUGUUGUUAAGUUUGAAUAGAUACAUAUCAAUGACAUUGGUAAUUUUAUGAAUACCGGUAGCUAAUUUUUGUUUACGAUGACUAUUAUUUUGUCAUCACCAUGUAUGUAUCCAUGUUUCGUAUCAUAUUUCUGUUCUUUGUAAACUUUGUCUGAGCUUUUAUGUUACAUGUGAGCAAACCAAAUAUUUAUGUUGAAUGACAUGGGACAGAUAAAUCAGUACAUUGAAUGAACGAAUGUUGUUUUGGUUCUAUGCUAUCAGCAAUCUGGAAAGUGGGGCUGUGUUCUGCCAUUCUGCUAACCACUGGCACGCACAGGAUAACGUAUCAUUUCCGUUAUAGUAUUAUGUAUUGCUGCAGUUGGUGCAGACAAAAUGUGAGCUUUAUCUGCAGAUUUCUCCCUGAAAUACUUCACUCGCAGUCAACUUUUAUAUUAUGUAUGCUGUACAAUCAUUCUUAACUAAUUUGACUUCAUUGCUCAUUGUUUAUACAAGGGGCUGACAUAAACUCUUGUCCAAAAUAAAAGCAAUAGGACUUUGCUGCAUGGAGGGGGCAGAGGGGGGGGGGGGGGCAAUUUUGCAAGCUGAAAAAUAUGCAUUGAUAUAUUUGUGUUGUCUCUUUUGAGACAGAAAUUGGCGGCACUUGGCACUUGGCCUACUUAUAUGAAAUAGGAAUAUAAACAAAGCUACUGAUAAGAGGACAUAUAUAGCAAGGGGGCUAUUCAUCCUCUUUUAAUGUUUAUUGACCAGUUUUCCUGGAGAAUUCUUCGUAGAAUCGGUAUUUAUGUAUAGAGCUGUUUUAGUCGAUAAUCACUUGUUUAUUUGCUGCCCAUUUAUGCUCUUGUUUAGGUGCGGAGUAUUUAUUACUGAGUUUCAAAUGUCUACAUCCAUGUACGGUAUUUUUCUGACAAGUGAAGAAGAAAUAAUAAAUCGACCCGAUGAUUCAAAUUAAGCCAAAAUAAUGUGUGCACAAUUAAGAGAUACUUAUUUGUAAAUAUCAAAUGAAUAAAUAGAUUACUAUGACUGUCAUGCUUGUAAAA